UCAGUAUUCGUCGACAAAGCUGUAGCGUUUUAAACUCAGCCCCCUUUUCCCAAAACCAAGCCAACCUGUUGAGUGUCUCAGUGGAGAGGGCUGGGUGUUGGCGCACAGAGAGGAGAGAGAACGCGCUGCUUCCGAGUCACAUAUCCGCCUGCUUGUGAGAUUUUCCCUGUUUUUCCUGCUGAUUUAAACAACGUGUCGGAGGACAAGAAGCAUCAAGAGAGAAGAUGGCAAAGAUCUGUGCUGUGGUGUUGAUGACACUUGUGUCCCUGGUGUUUGCAGAAGAACAGACCCCCGAGGACGACCCAUUUUCCUUCGACUACCACAGACUGCGUGUUGGGGGCUUGAUUUUGGCUGCAGUCCUCUGUCUCAUUGGCAUCACCAUCCUCUUCAGCGGCCACUGCAGGUGCAAAUUUAACCAGGAUAAGAGGAGGGCACCAGGCGCUGCUCAGCAGAUGCUCUCUGACCAAGGUCGUUCCUGUGACUGCUAGAUGUAGAUCAGGUCACACACUGACUCCCCGAACCUGCAACCAUCAGAAAACCCGGAGCAGCAGCAGCAGCAGGGCCUGAAACAUCCAGCGAGAGGCUUUGAUUUACUGUUAGAGAAGCAGAAAGUAGUCAGUGUGUUCCUGCUGUGAGGAGUCAUGCUUUCUGCCUAAUAACUGAGCUACUGAUCUGAAGCCUGCACACAAACAUACUCCUGUACACACAACUUUUUGUUACUCUCAUUUCAAUCCAUUGAACAUUUUUGGUAUUUAGAAAUAGUAAAUCUUUGACAUAAAGAACAUAUCCAAUGUUUUAAGGAGUUCCUUCUGUAAUGGAGCUAAAAGCUUCGUAGCCCAUUGGUUAUCAUUGUGCCUGAUUGAACUGAGAGUGACUCCAGUCAAAGGUAACACAAAUCUUUUACCAAAAACGCCCUCCACUGUCCACAUGCUGUAGGUUUUAUCAAUGUGUCACAUUACUUCUGUUGUCUAUGCCCUCUGUACUUAAUGUGUCACAUUACUUCUGUUGUCUAUGCCCUCUGUACUUCGGCUGUAAACAUUGAUGUAGAUAUUAGUCGCUAACUGUGACCAACCUAACCCGCUGUUCACGCUUUCAUGUUGUAAAAAAAUCCACAUGGUCAUUAAGUGUUUGGAGUGCUGUUGGUAAUAAAUCGUGAUAAUCUGUUAACCAUCAUGUUUAGCUUUUUGGAGAAAAGUAGUGGAUUGCACUGUUCAGAGAUACAGAGAGCCCCUGUCACGUUUCUAUAAAAGAGUUGUUGAAACAAAAA